UUGAAGUGUCAAAUUUCAAUCAGCGAAAAUUUUUCACUGCAAAUAUUUUGGUCGAGCAUUUUUUUCCAUUCAAAAUUAUCGACCGGAAAAACAUGGAUUGCAUCGGAUGGAUUGACCAGAUCAACUAAAUCGAGACAAAGAAUUUUUUGUUUUGAAGACCCUUUCUGUACGCAACGAGAAGACGGAACAGUGAGAAUUAGUGGUAUGCGUGUGCUUUACAUCCUUUACAUUAAGGUGGCCUGUCAAACAAAAUUGAUUUUUUUGUUGGUUUUCCAUAAUUGCACUCCAAUACGUUCAAAUUGAAAAUGAUGGCCGAUACAUCGGACAAUGAUAAUGAAAUAAAUAUUCGUCGCGGGCUGGACGUCAUACAGAGUAUGAUUGAUAUUUCCGCCGAUCGAUUGGAGGGCCUACGAACACAAUGUGCGACAAGUGCUGAAUUAACGCAACAGGAAAUUCGAAUCUUAGAAGCGAAAUUGGUGAAAAUGUUCUCCGAACUGCUGAUAACAAAGGCGAAACUACCGGAACGAUUACCCAAAGGACUUCCAGCCACUGGUGCUGAAUUGAAACAAUGGUUACGCGUUGUCGGCCUGAGUCCCGAAUCGUUGAACGUUGUGAUGCAACGCGUUAGCACAUUAGAACUGCUGUUGGACAAAAAUGACAUCGAAUUACGGUUGAUACUGAACAACAAUACGAACGUUCGCGAAGAAGAGGCCCGUCGUCUGGUGCGAGCAAUGCUGAAUUUGAAACGAUGCCGUGAGUCCAUCAACCUCGGCGAAAAAGAGCCGGCCGAUUUGUACUGGGACUCGUGGGAUCGUCAUCAUCACGUUCGAUCGGGCGCGUCACCUCGACCGAAUCGAUCGCAUGUACGGCAACAAGGCAAUCAUCGGUACGCGUAUCCAACACAUCAAGUACAUAGUCCGCCUCCGGAAAUCUACCUGCCCGACCACAAUUCCAAACUUUCCACAAUAUCACCGGAAGAGAUACCACGGUCCUGUGCCACUUCCCUACUAACACCGUCGCCUUCACCACCCUCAUCGCCUUUGAUCAAUAACAACAAACAACCGAAAGCGGUUAAAGGAUUCCCGACCACACCGCCGCCAUAUAAACGACAUCAGACUUAUUUGGGUCAACCGCAAUCAAGCUUUGCAACGUCAACAGCAGGAACCUGUAGCAGCAACCAAAAUGUGAUGAAUGAUGUUAAUGCAAUGACCAAAUCCAUAUCGCACGAAUUGAUAAAUCAACAGCAACAACAACAGCAGCAGCAGCAGCAGCAACAACAACAACAACAAUUCGAGCAAACCACUGGUGAUACCAAUGUAAUGGUGAAACAUCAACAUCCACAACAGCAAACACAAUCCGUGCCAUACAAUUCAAAUUCGAAUGGUAAUCAAAUCGCUGUAUCAGCAGCAUCACGAUCUCGAUUGAAUACCGAACCAACGUCAGACAACUAUCCCGAUCAUCAUUUCGAUAAUUCAAUUAACAUUCCAGUUCCUCGGUCACCGAUUAUGGCCCACAUGAUCGCCCACCGAUUCAUCAAGAAAUUCAAAGUGGGCACCUGCGAUCUCUGUCACAAGCAAAUGAUUUACGGUCUCCGGUGCAAAGACUGCAAAUAUUUGUGUCACAAAGACUGUGAAACGCGUGUACCGCCAUCGUGUUGCCUGCCCCGUGAACUGAUCGAUGAAUUCAAGAAGACGCUGCCGACGGACAUAUUUAUGUCGGGCAACAAUUCGCCAGUGUACCGUCCGAAAUAUGAACGUCCGAACAAUGUCAGUUCGCCAGCAUCCAGCUGUAACAGUUCGACGCCAUCGAGCCCAGCUCCGAUAUCAAUGACGCUACCCAUACCACAUACACCGGCCACCGGCAAGCAUACUCAAUUCGACUUUUCCGAUGCAGCCACCACAUCGUCGACUGUGAUACGCAUACAGGAAGUGACCUCACCGCGGAAAGAAAUUUACCCGCAAAAACCGAUUUCGCCGAGACCGGUUCAGACUACCGUCACGGAAGUGAACUGCCAGGAGAGCGAGAAAACCAUUUCGUUGACCAGUUCGAACAGUGCCAGCACCAGUUCGGAUCGAACGCAUCUUCGUAUCGAUUCGUUGGAGGAGAAUGAGGAACGAGAAGAUGAAAAUGCGAUGCAGGAGCACUGGACGCGACAGAACAGUGUUUCGCUGAAAGAGUGGGACAUUCCAUUCGAUGAUUUGGAAAUAAUGGAAAAGAUCGGCGAUGGGCGUUUCGGAACCGUGCAUCGUGCGCAGUGGCAUGGUGCUGUAGCUGUGAAAUUACUGAAAGAAAGCUAUUUGGACAAUGAAGCGUUCAUAUUGGAAGUGGCAACAUUCAAGAAGACCCGGCACGAGAAUGUGGUGCUCUUCAUGGGCGCUUGCAUUAAACCUCAGGCAAUUGUGACGUCCCUGUGUAAGGGCAAUACGUUGUAUACGCAUAUCCAUCAACGUCGAGACAAAUUCAAUUUGAACAAAACGACCAUGGUGGCACAGCAAAUAUCGCAAGGAAUGGGAUAUCUGCAUGCCAGGGAUAUCGUGCACAAAGACUUAAAGACGAAAAAUAUUUUUCUGGAAAACGGCAAGGUUAUCAUCACCGAUUUCGGACUGUUCAGCGCAACGAAGCUACAGUAUGACGCUAAAUAUGGCCUGGAAAUACCGAGCGGAUGGCUUUGCUAUUUAGCUCCCGAAUUGAUUCAAGUACUGCAACCGUGUCGUCCGGAGAGAGACAACAUGCCAUUUUCAAAGGCAUCCGAUAUUUAUGCAUUCGGAACGGUUUGGUACGAAUUGCUGUGCGGUGAAUUUCCAUUCAAGUCACAGGCCGCCGAGGCGAUCAUUUUCCAGGUCGGUCGCGGUAUGAAACAGACACUAGCGAAUUUACAGGCAUCGAGAGAUGUCAAAGACAUUUUGAUGACUUGCUGGGCUUUUGAACCGGGCAAUCGGGCAGACUUUGCUAAAUUGCUAACGCUAUUGGAACGACUACCAAAGAAAAGAUUGGCCAGAAGUCCAUCACAUCCCGUACAAUUGUCACGGUCAGCAGAAUCAGUAUUUUAAGUUCUGGUCCCGUUCUAGGAGCCGAGAGCCCGUGUGCAUGCAUUUCAGACGCAUUUUAUCAUUGGGUCCGCGGAGUGAAUCUUAAUGCGAUUCGUACGAUGAGAAUGGUUUGUUCUGACACUUUCACUUGACCGAGUGCAGGCCGAACGUGUAGCUCAGUAGGGAAACCGAAUUGUCGACAAAAUGAACGUAUUGGAGAGAAACGAUAAAACCAAUUUAAAAAUCAAAUU